AAUUUUUGUUUGGUUAAUGUUUCGUACGGAACCAUCAAUUAUAGACAUAUAAGAUAGAUACGAGUUCGCAGCGCGUCUUAAAUACUUUGUGAUUAGUUCGGCAAUGUUUACGGCAAUAUUCUGGGGAAAAUACUCUUCCAAUCAUUUAGUUACGGUUGGGUGUACAUCAUCUAAUAAAAACCUUAGCUGAAAACGCUCAUAGAUUAUUUGUCAAUUGUAUUUCACAGUGAACGAAUAGAUUUCACCGUUUGUACUGAAAAAUGAAACAAUUUCAGAUUGUGUCGAUUAUUGUGUUACUCAUCAAUGCUAUAGUUUGCACUGCAAGUGAUAAUGACGAUUUGUGUGUAUUGGAUAAUGGCUGUAGUGACUUGCCAUUAAAAGAACCGGUUGGACCACCUGUGCAUACAAUAUACAGACGUUCGCCAAGUUAUGGUAGUGGAAGUGGUGGAAGUCCAGGACAACCUGGGCAACCAGGUCAGCCUGGUGGAUAUGGAGGUCAAGGUGGACAUGGUGGUGGUGGUGGUGGUUAUGGUGGUAGGGGUGGAGAUGGUGGUAGUGCUGGUGAGCCAGGACAACCAGGUCAACCUGGCGGGUAUGGUAUUGGUGGUCAUAAUGAAUAUGGCGGCGGUGAUGGUAGUCCUGGUCAACCGGGGCAGCCUGGUGGAUAUGGAGGUCGAGGUGGACAUGGUGGUGGUGGUGGUGAUUAUGGUGGUAGAGGAGGAGAUGGCGGCAAUUAUGGCUCCCCUGGACAACCAGGGCAACCAGGAGGAGGAGAGUAUGGCGGUCAGGGUGGUCAUGGUGAUGGUAGUUAUGGAGGCCAAGGUGGAUAUGGUGGCAUUGAUGGUUUACCAGGACAACCUGGCGCACCAGGUGGUGUUGGUGGUUGGAGUGGCAAUGGAGGAGCUGGAGGAGGAUGGAAUGCUGGUUGGGGAGGAGCUGGUGGUAGUGCUGGUGAGCCAGGUCAACCUGGCGGGUAUGGUAUUGGUGGUCAUAAUGAAUAUAGCGGCGGUGAUGGUAGUCCUGGACAACCGGGGCAGCCUGGUGGAUAUGGAGGUCAAGGUGGACAUGGUGGUAGUGGUGGUGGUGGUUAUGGUGGUAGAGGAGGAGAUGGCGGCAGUUAUGGCUCCCCUGGACAACCAGGGCAACCAGGAGGAGGAGAGUAUGGCGGUCAGGGUGGACAUGGUGGUGGUAGUUAUGGUGGCCAAGGAGGAGAUGGAGCAAAUUACGGCUCCCCUGGACAAUCAAGUGGUGGUAAAUACGGCAGUCAGAGUGGUUAUGGUGGCGGUAAUUAUGGUAGCCAAAUUGGAAAUGAAGGAGGAUGGGGAGGAAGUGGCGGUGUAGCUGGUGGUUGGGGUGGAGCUGGUGGUUCAAACGGAGCUCCUGGACAACCUGGCUCACCGGGCAGUUACGGUUGGCCAGCAAGUGAACCUAAUGCUUUGUCUGGUAAUUAUGGCGGUUACGGCGGUGGAGGUGGUGGACAAUGGUCUGGUGCUGGUGGUGCCGGUGGUGGGGGCGCUGGUGGUGGUGGUGGUGCGGGAGGCGCUGGUGGUGCUGCAGGGGGUCGUGGUGGUUAUGGUGGAUUAGGAGGAGCCGGUGGUGCUGCUGGACAUCCGGGUGCAUCGGGUGGUUACGGAUAUGGCGCUGGUGGUGCGGGUGGUGGAGGUGCAGGUGGAGGGGGUGGUGCUGGUGGUGCAGGUGGUACAGCAGGUGGUCAUGGUGGAUAUGGAGGUGGUGGUGGGUGGCAUCGCUGAGAGAUAGAAAAGUUUCGAUUCAUAUAAUGAUAUUAAAUUAGUUACUACAAUAUGUAAACUUAACAGUUGUUUUUCAGAAACUAACUUAAAGAUAAAGCAAUGUGUAAAUAAUAAUAAAUAAUAAUUUGCAUAUUUUACGUUUUCAUGUAACAAACAUUGUGCUAUUAUAUAUUUAUAUGUUAAUCGAGUAUUACAUUUAAUCUAAAAUAAUGUUUAUAAAAGUAGUUUUACUAAGUUUCACUUUUUUCAUGAAAAUGGUUGUAAAUAUUUCUUAUUUAAUUGCAUAUAUGACAUAUUCUACAUGACUCGAAUGUUUAAUAGCUUCUUAUAUCCGAAAAUAGUAAUAAAUAUUUUAUACUGAAAAAUAUAAA